GCCGUCUCAACCGGGGCCAGAAGUCCCGUCCAGUAGAGCCCGGAUCGUGGCAAGCGUCGCGUCGUGCCAGAGAGUUGAAGAUUACGCGAGUGAUCGUCUAAGUCCGAGUAAAGUGUCGCGUACAAACAUCGUGAAGUGCCCGAACGAAGAUGUAGAACUCUUUCGAAAAGAGAAAGGAUAAUUCGCAAUUUCGAACCGGUCCAAAGUCCGUCUUAUCAGAGCACGGCGAACGUGACCCUGUAUAAUGUGACUCUUCCAAACUUUUGUAGAUCAAGUUUGUUCAACGAGUACCGGAGAAUGAUUGAGCAGAGUGGUUUCGGAAUUGCUAAACAUUGGUGCGUUUAGGCACGGUAUUGAAUCGUGGUACGAAUUGUACGGUGGAAAUUGUGCGUGCGGUGAAAAUUUCUUGAUUACUCUCCGUGAACCUUGAUAUCGCACUUCGCAUCACGAGUCGACUGUUAUUAUGCGAGGUGUAUCCGUGAUUAGACACAACCGCCACAACCACCACCGACACUCCUUGUGAUCAAUUUUCCUUGGAUUAAACCGACGACCGGAAUGGCGCCUCCGGAUAGAAACUGCAGGACGGCUCGUCCCGGCUCGGGUUUGAGUCUUUCCGUACUCGACUUGGCGCAAAUCAGGGCCCUGGUUGAGUCUUCAGGCGCUGGAACUGGCUCGAUUUGUCCAUCGUGCGAGAUGCCUUUUGACAAGGGUAAGAAGAGACGCUUGAUCGACGACUGUGGUCACGAGAGGUGCUACUCCUGCACCUUCAGGAGCGAGGCGUGUCCUCUGUGCACGACGCAGGACCUUGAGGGUCCGACGGGCCUCCGCGGCACCAUGGACAUCGGGCAAACCACCUUCGGGAGAGGCUCCACCUCGCAGCUAUACACCAAGCCGAGCAAUCGGAGACAGCCGAGCGCUACGGGCGGCGGAAGAGCUCGCACACGCGAAGACGUCGAGGAUUGGGUCGAUGACACAACUGCGAUUAACGCUCUCUGCGGUAGCCCCAGACCGAGGGUCAAAACCAACGGACAUUUCACCCCCUUCAUGCAGUCGCGAGCCGAUGUCGCCUCACCUCUUCCGUCCAAGGGACCAAAAGGAUCGAAAGGAAAACCGCCCAGAACACCUACCGACACACCAUCGAGAUGCUGCUCGCCAGCUCCCCCGAGCAAAGCGGCCGUCAUGUCGCAAAGUUGUCCGACGCCACCUCAACAGAGAAGAAGGUUCUUUCUCAGCCCAAAAGUACUGAGGAGUCCCUUCGGCCAUAGAAAUUCUUCUGCUCAUCAGCAGCACCCGGCUUCUACAGAGCAGAGCAAUGAAAAUCCUUCCGCCUUGUCAGACGAUGAAGGAGGAAAUAUCAAGCAGCUCUCUUCGAGGACGAAAAAGUCUUCGCAGUCCGACCUCUAUAUGCGGCUCGGACUCCUUCUUGGUGGAAACACCCGGGGUGCCGUCGUCAAUGGUGGAUGCCCCAGGCCCUCGGCUCGGCUGGUGGACAGCCGGAGUCACGACAGUUCAGCGGCGUCUUUCAGCAGCUUGACCAGCUUCGAAACGCAAACUCUGGCAUCGACAAAUACUAGCCCGGUGUCAACGCUUACCGGCACCUCGAGCGAGGCGGAAGUCGCGGUCGCCCAUCGCGGCGGUAAAGACUGCGAUAGCGUCGCCAGCCUCAUCUCAAUGUCCAUGUCAGGCCUGUCUAACGGCAGCUCGAGCCCGUUGACGCCCCGAAGACAUUCCGUGACCACUACUCAACCUGGGCAAAUCGAGGAACUAAAUAUGUUUAAAAAUCGAAGAACAUGUGUUAGAAGAUCUGCGAGAACCGGGGUUGUUAAGGGGCCAAUCGAUCCCAAAAUACGUUUUGCCCAGUAUCGUGCUGCCCAGCUGACCUUGAAGCCACUGUUCUUUGAGGUGCCUCUUUUGGAGGCGGACCCCCUCUUCACAGGCCGCCAAUGGUUGAUGGAUGAACUGAAAGCUAUGGUGACUGGCUCAAGCUCGGGAGCCUUGAUCGCCGGAUGCCCCGGAACUGGAAAGACUGCACUUAUCUUACAGCUUGUAGAGCACAGCUGCUUUGGAAGACGAAGAGAGCAAAUUCCACCGCCAGAAAUUUACGCGGAUAAUAACGAUGACAAAAACAAAUUGGGUGAUCCUCUGAUCGAGGCGUCUAUACAAACGACAAACGAUAAGAUUCGUGAGCUAGCAGCCCACGUCGUUGCUUACCAUUUCUGUCAGGCUGACAACAACAAUACUUGCCUUGUUCCUGAUCUCAUCCAUUCCCUGGCGGCUCAGCUCUGCCAAGCUCCUCAACUGAUCGCGUACAGGGAAUAUCUACUGUCCGAACCCCAUCUUCAGGGGUCUGUUUCUCAAAGGGAAUGCACUGUGGAUCCUGAUCUUGCACUGACCAGAGGAAUCAUCGAGCCCUUAGUCACCCUCCACAAAGCUGGAAGAUUACCAGACACUAACAUGGUCAUUCUAAUCGACGCAGUUUGCGAGGCAGAGUAUCACAGACCAGACCGAGGUGAUACGAUAGCCACAUUCCUGACGAGACAUGCUUCGAGUUUCCCAUCGUGGUUGAAGAUUAUAUGCACCGUUCGAACCCAGCUUCAAGAUUGUGCAAAACAAUUUCCCUACACAAGGAUAUCUCUGGAUAAGAGCUCUUCUGACGUCAAGAACAAUAUGGUCACUAGGGAUUUAGCUGAUUACGUGAGCUAUAGGCUCAACCAGAGCUUGACCAUCCAGGCGAACGUCACUGCAUCAGUGAGUGGGGCGAAUCAAACGAGGUUUGCAUCCCAUCUCCUUGCGCUUUCCAGGGGUAGCUUCCUUUUCGCCAAACUCACCUUGGAUCUUAUCGAGAGUGGACAUCUAGUCGCUAAAUCUGCAAGCUACAAGGUUUUACCCGUCUCUCUCGCGCAAAUAUUCCUGCUGCACUUCAACUUGAGAUUCCCGACCGCUACAUCGUUUGAAAGAGUACAACCUCUUCUCGGAGUAUGUUUGGCGGCCUUGUACCCGUUGACGCUACUCGAGAUAUUUUAUUCUGUAAAUUCGUUGAAUAUUGAUCAUUUCGUUUCCUGGGAAGACUUUCUCCAGAGAUUCAAAAUGCUCUCAGGCUUCCUGGUCAAGCGUUUGGACAACACCUACAUGUUUUUUCACCCGUCCUUCAGGGAGUGGUUGAUGCGCCGAGAUGAGGGUGAGUCGACAAAGUUCCUCUGCGAUCUGAGGCUGGGUCACGCCGCUAUAGCCUUCAGGUUAUCCCGGCUUCAGGCGCCGCUGGAAGGAGAGAAAGUCCUUGAGCUUGGACACCACAUCCUUAAGGCUCACGUUUAUCGAGGAGUUGCACCCUGUUGGCCCUCGCGUGAUCUGCAGGCCUCUUGGUUGACCUCUUCGACGGAGUGCAUAUCCUCGGCUCUCUGCACCCUUCGGAACAUCUAUAGUCCGAACGUGAAGGUGUCCCGGCUCCUUCUUCUGGCUGGAGCAUCGCCGAAUCACACAACUGAGUAUCUCGGCAACGCCCCAGUCCUUUGCAUGCACGCUCAUGAGGGAUCUGUGGAAAUGGUUUCCCUCCUCCUGGAGUUCGGAGCAGAUGUUGAGCUGACAAACAGCCAGGGCUGCACCGCACUUUCUCUCGCUGCUGCCCGCGGCCACUGUGAUGUCGUCAGAAGACUAGCUGCUGCCGGAGCUUCCCUGGGUCAUGCGGACAUGGCAGGACAAUGUCCUCUGGUGCACGCAGCGAGACACGCGCGGCUUUCGGUAGUAGGUUACCUGCUGGCUUGUGACUGGGUCGUGAAGGGUGCCCAAGAGACGGCUGAUUCUGAGGUCGGCAGGGAAGAGGCCGCACAACAAGCGGUCGUAGCAGCAGCAGCUCAAGGCCACGAACCUAUCGUUGAGUACCUCCUCGACAUGGCCGAGGUCAAGGUCGAUCGACCCGAUUCUCUCACCGGGGAAACCGCCUUAACCAUCGCUGCAGCCCACGGUUCAACUACUGCAGUUUCUGCCCUCUUAGCCCGUGGUGCUGACCCAUCGGCUGUCAGUGCAAAAGGACUUUCACCGCUGAUGCUUGCUGCUCGAGAAGGCCACUGGGGGGCGGCUGAAAGGCUUCUUCAAGGGUCCUUGUCCAGCAGUACUGAUCACGUACUGGAUCAGGCUGUGCCGUUGCUAGACCAACGCGAUCUUGCCGGCCGCACAGCACUGAUGUUAGCGGCUGCUGAAGGUCAUUGCAAUCUCGCCGAACUCUUUCUGGACAAAGGUGCAGUCCUGGAAGCUACCGACAUGGAAGGACUGACGGGCCUGGGUUGGGCCUGCGUCCGAGGACGCGUUUCUGCUGUGCAGUCUCUCCUAGACCAUGGUGCGAACGUAAAUACCACCGACAAAACGGGUAGAACACCGUUGGACCUUGCUGCCUUCCAGGGAAAUCCAAAGCUGGUGCAGCUACUGUUGGAUCGGGGAGCUGCUGUGGAGCACGUUGACCUUCACGGAAUGCGGCCGUUGGAUCGAGCGAUCGGCUGUAGGAAUAUCCCAGUCGUUCAGUGUUUUCUUCGUCGAGGUGCUAAAUUGGGUCCGGCAACGUGGGCGAUGGCGGCUGGAAAGCCAGACAUUCUUCUCAUCCUCCUAAACAAAUUACUCGAGGAUGGUAACGUCCUCUACCGUAAGGGCCGGCUGAAAGAGGCUUCCCACCGCUACGGCUAUGCCCUGAGAAAAUUCCCAACUCCUCCGAGCCAGGAACAGGAUCAUGACAGGGACCAGGAUCACCUCCUACUUCAUCUUCCCACCUUCACUCAGCUUCGCCUAAAUUUUCUGCUCAACCUGAGCAGGUGCAAGCGUAAAAUGAAUGAGAGCCAAGAGGCCAUCGAGCUCGCGACCGAAGUAUUGAAGACGAAGCCGGACUCGUACGAAGCGUUUUACGCUCGUGCAAAGGCCAGAGUAGACGCAAGGCACUUUGAGGAUGCUCUUUGUGAUGUUAACGAGGCUCUCCAUAUCGCCCCGCCUCAUAAUCGCGAAGUCAGAAGAGUCCUAGCGAUCCUCAGGGACGAGAUAUGCUCCAGAAGAGACGGCGCUGGUUCAAGCAGGGACCGAUCCGACAUCACAUCAGGAUUUCACGCCUCUGUAGACACACUUACAGAACUUUAAUUCAAUUACAUACGGACAUUUAUCCGUUUAUAUAUAAUACCGAAGUGUUUUUUUUUAUACAAUGACUCGGUUACAAUUGUUGCUGUACCUACACGGUUCCGGUUUCGGGCUACAGAUGCAUUUAAGCUAACUGUUUGUACGACGCGUAAUUUAUGAAUUAUAAUCUAACGUAAAGCAAUGAAAUUUGAAAUGUUUAAUACCAAAAGGCUUUUGUUAUGUAUGCAAUUAUUGCAAUUGAUUUUUAUUAUUCCGAACAUUCGUGAAACUUAUUAUUAUACGCAUGUAUGUAUGAUUUGUAAGUAGGUUUAUGAGUAUGUACAGGUACUUAAAAUCAAGCAGCGGGAGUAAUAGUAAAUCGUUCGACAGUAAACGCAGCAGAGUUUAGACAAUCAGGGUUGUCACGAAUAUUCAUUUGAUAAAUUUUCUGAUUUCAGAUUACAUGUUUUUAAUCAGAUUCCCUGUCUCUUCCAUGUUUCCCGGUUAUUGAACACCGCCAUAACUCCGAAUUAAUACAUCUCUUCCGCGUUUCAUCAGGGCUGGAUUAAUUGCGACUAUUGUUCGGUCACAUUUAUGUAGCUGUAUAUUUUGGCGGUAUACUUCUCUAACCUGCGUGCAUUGAAGUAUAUCAAGUCCACUAUACAGAUUUGACACUCGAUUCCGCGUUAGACACCGUAGAAAUAGCUUUAAUAUACGAUAAUUCCCUCCGCAAUAUACAUUUAAUGUUGUUGAGUGAAGAUACAAAUAAUUUUGGCGUUAUAUAUACUGAUCUUCGUGUCCUCGAAUGACUUUCCUGUUACACGAACUGCAUGAUUAAUAUUGCGCGGGGGAAUGAAACUUGAAUUCUGAUUCGGAAGCCGGAGUUAUAUAUACAUAUAUGUACACAGAAUAUAAAUAUCAUGGAUUUUAUUAUUAUUGUUAUAAUAUUUAAAUUAUUUUAUUUUUAAUUGAUUAUUCUCCGUAUUAUUAUUUAGAUCAUUAUUAUUAUUACCUUGCAAAAUGCCGAUCCAACAUUUUGUGGCUAUGCAUACACGAAUAUCUAUGUAAUGUCGAAAUGGCCACUAUAUUAAUGCCGAGGCAGUAGCUGAAUGUCAAUAAAUAUAUAACAUGUGAAAACUAGUGCACGCCACUGGGGAAUAUUGGGCAGAUUAUUAUGUGGAAUAUGAUAUUUGCAAUUAGCUGGAUGCUAUUUGAUUCGUAUAUACACCUAAGGCAUUCAUUAUGUAUCUUGCCAAGUAUGGCUUCGGUUGUAAAGCCUAGGCCAGAAAGGAUGACUCAACCACUUAUUCUUGAUGCUAUUUAUGAAUUGUACGUUCUAUUUUAAGAUGUAACAUAUGAACAAGAUGUUUUAAUAAAGCUAUAAAAUUAUAAAUCAGAA